AAUGGGGAGAGACUUAACCUCCCCUACCAUGGGAGUGCGGCAGCUUCCCCCCUUUUCUGUAUUGUUUUUUACUUACCUCGUGUAUUUUCUUCUGUUUAAAACUUACCUCGCUUCCGAUUGGUCAAUUUUCAAUCCCAGGCUUCUGAUUGGUCGAUUCAAAAAAAGGGGCGUGGCUUCGCGGGAAAAGCCGCGAAAGCCGGCUAUAAAAGGACAAGCCGGCGAACGCUCUUCAUUCUUCAUCGGCAGCCGACGCGAGAGGAUCGUUUGGAAAAUGGCUGAAGAGAAUCCCGACGGCAGACUUCACGACAUCCUUCGUUGGAUCCAGGCGGAGGCGGGACAUGAAGAAAUCCAGACGCUCCUUCAGCAGUGCCAGCUUGCAUCAUCGUCGGCGACAGCGGUGACAUCACUUCCGACUGCAGAGCCUCCAGGAUCGCCGUCAGAGGAAGCUGCGUCAUCUUCAGGAGCUGACGUCGCCAUCCAGCGCACCCCAGCUUCGCGCGGACCAGGAAAGAAGCGGAUCGUCGCCGUCAAGAGGAACACCAGAGGGAAACAAGCGGCGAAGAAAAGAACCCAGGUGACGUCAGCGGUCUCCGCCAAGAAGAGGAUCGUCGCUGACCCGCCACAAACAGGAGUUUGGGCCGUCGGCUUCCCCCCCUUCAUCGCGAGUGAGUUCCGCCGCUGUUGCAAGUGGUGGGCCGCUCCAGCAAAAGAGCUGUAACGCUUUAGGGCCCUUUCCUUCCACAGGGUCCGGGGGAGGUCCGGCAGCUGGCAGCUCCCAUGUGGGGCACCAGGUCGGCAGGGGACCCCAAAGCCGCCCAGAACCGGGGCCCUCCAGCUGUAACACUAUAGGGCACCCGGUUCGGCCACCUGCCAGCAUGGGUCAUGCAUUGCCAUCAUCUGCCAUUCACAGCGCACCCCAGCCUGCUGGUUUAAACCCUCAGGAGGAGAGUCAACCCAUCCAAGUGAUUGUUCAACGAGCUCUGGGAAAUCGCCAAUUAUUUGGACAAAGAAGGAACACCAUGCCCCCAACAUCUGUGGAAUUUAGUAUUGCCAGAAUUUCAAAAUGGUUAAGUAUGUCAUUGGCAGACAAAACCUGGCAUGCUUACAUCGCAAGCUGGAAUGAGUGGAUGAAGUUCAAAACAAGUUUUCCCAAAGAUCAUUAUCAAGGGGACAGUGACGUCUUAUUGUCGUUUGUACUGGAGCAAGUUGAGGCUCAGUACUCUCUUUCAGCUAUAACAAAAAAGUUAGCAGGCAUAUCCUUCUUUUUAAAGGUUCAAGUUUCUCCUCCUUUGGUCUGGAUUAUUGGACACUCUUUCGUCCACAGAGCAAGAGCUAGAGCACAGUAGGAACAGCGAACCUACACAACUAAUUUAGGCAUUAAAGAUGUUAGAAUUGUUUGGAUGGGCAUUCGAGGCCUUAAAUGGCCAGAUUUAUUGCCAAUAAUUUUGCAGAUGAAAUCUCGUUGGGGUUUCCCAGCAAUUAUUCUGAUCCAUCUAGCUGGAAAUGACAUUGGAAAGGGUAGAAACAUUGAUUUAAUUCGUAAUAUAAAAAGAGACCUUGCUCAGAUCAGAUUUAUUUUUCCCAAUACUGUGAUAAUGUGGUCGGAAGUUGUGCCCAGAUUAGUCUGGCUUCAAGAUGCAGGUUUUCACCCCCUUGAGAGAUGCCGUAAAAAACUUAAUUUUGCUAUCUCAAAAUUUUCCAAGACAGUUAAUAUUUUGGUUUAUAGGCACUACGAGUUGGAACAAGGUUUUGAAGGCCUGUAUCGCGCGGACAGGGUACAUUUGUCAGAUAUCGGUUUUGACAUUCUGAACAUGGGAUUCCAAAGUGCAAUAGAGAGAGCUUUACAUGUGUGGGGAAUGGCCAAGGCCAAUUUAAUGGUUUAAUUGGCCUUGACGUGGAGGUAUGCUCCUGGCUAGGUGGUAAAUUGGCGGGGCUUAAGGAUAUUUGUUGUUAAUCUUUAAGGCGGUCCGCUGCAGAGAUCUGAUGCAGAGGCUGGCUGGGAAUAUAUGUAUGAGCAGGUAUUAGUAUCAUUAGCAAUGGUUAAUGUUCUGAUUGAUAUGAUAUUUAAUAAACAACAGCUGCGGCCAUUCUCCACCAUGCAUGUGUCCGUGUCUAUAAUUGGUUGUUAUAAUUGGGUUGUGUUAAGUAAGUAAUGCUGUCUGCAACUCCCAUGAAUGGGGAGAGACUUAACCUCCCCUACCAUGGGAGUGCGGCAGCUUCCCCCCUUUUCUGUAUUGUUUUUUACUUACCUCGUGUAUUUUCUUCUGUUUAAAACUUACCUCACUUCCGAUUGGUCAAUUUUCAAUCCCAGGCUUCUGAUUGGUCGAUUCAAAAAAAGGGGCGUGGCUUCGCGGGAAAAGCCGCGAAAGCCGGCUAUAAAAGGACAAGCCGGCGAACGCUCUUCAUUCUUCAUCGGCAGCCGACGCGAGAGGAUCGUUUGGAAAAUCCCACCCACCCACCCUGUUAUUGUAUAACAUAUCUGAAUGCAUAAUAAAUAUAAAAAAAAAAAAAAAAAAAAAAAAAAUAUUGUCGCAGCGGUUAAUUGUUGUUUAUAGAGAAGUGUCAUAUGGAGGUAUGCUCCUGGCUAGGUGGUAAAUUGGCGGGGCUUAAGGAUAUUUGUUGUUAAUCUUUAAGGCGGUCCGCUGCAGAGAUCUGAUGCAGAGGCUGGCUGGGAAUAUAUGUAUGAGCAGGUAUUAGUAUCAUUAGCAAUGGUUAAUGUUCUGAUUGAUAUGAUAUUUAAUAAACAACAGCUGCGGCCAUUCUCCACCA